AAUGGAGAUGAAGUGAUGCUCCUCUCCCAUGUGAGCAAGCACCCGGUAGGCUGCGUAAUCAAGAUUACAGAUGACUUCUUAAAUUUAGAGAAGGGUACAAUUUACAUGGGUUCGAACCGUCAUAUUCAAGGUUCGCAUGCAAUGGUUAUUGUGGGCUAUGGUGAAGACAAUGGCAUUAACUAUUGGAUUGUAAUGAAUAGUUGGGGGGAGGAAUGGGGUGACGAAGGUUAUUGUCGAAUAUGUAGAGACUCAAGUUUGCCUCCAGGCGAAAAAUCAAUUUUAACUAGAUUUUCCUACCCUGUGCUUGAUGACUGAGGACAUGGAAAGGAGCAGAGAGACAAGAGCAGAGAUGGUUCAAGAACGUUAAAUGACAUUUAUAUAAAUGAAUCAAAGAUCUCUUUUUUGUAUGAUAUAGUCUAUUACUUGCAUGCUACGUACUUGCUAUAUUUCUUGGACUUAUUGUGAAAUGUUUAACUGUUUCUUCGCUAUAUCUUUUAGGAUGAAUCCCUUGAUAACUUGGAUCUUGUAUAAUAUAGUUUAUUGGCUGACAAGGUAAGCUUUGAUGUGGAAUGCAGGUUGUGUUAAAUCAA